GGAAAUCACUGUCGUCGGCAUCCCCAAUUUUACCGGCUUCAGGGCCCCCUUUCUAUCCCAGGUGCCGUGCCUUCGAUAUCCUGAAUACUGGAUACACUUUUAGGUCCUUCUUCCUUCUCUUCUCUUCACAAUGCCUCCACGAAUUCGCCUUUCAAGUGGCCACAUCGCUCAGCCGCUCCGCCGGCAAAGGCUCCUCUGUCAAUAUGAGUUGCCCAUUCUCACAAGAUACACAAGUACUGCCGCGACAGCUACAACUCCUGCCGCAUCGCAUGAACAGAUGACACGCUCCGCUGCCCCAAUUGCCCAAUUUCCUUCGUCCCAACCUCCCUCACAUCGCAACCCUGAGUACCGUCGGUCCCAGCUUCUCCGGCAAUAUACCUCUCUCAUUCGCACAACACCUCUCAUGGUCUUCUUCCAGCAUGACAACCUCCAGUCCGUGGAAUGGGCGGCAAUCCGACGAGAACUGAGCAAGGCUCUGCAAAAGGUCGACGAGCAGAUUGCCUCCGAAGGACGCUCUGUUCCUCCGCUUGCUCCUCAUGUUAAGGUACAGAUUGUUCAAACCAGUAUCUUCGAGGUCGCUCUCCGUAUUGUCGAAUAUUUCCGUCCCAGCGCUUCCACAAUUGCAGCCGGAAACCCCCCAAGCGCGGUCAACCCCAUCACGCAAACGUCUGCCGAAAUCCCUCUUUCUGGAUCGAAGGAUGAUUCCACUCUCUCACACGAUCUCUCCCGUGCAGCUCACGAUGCCGUGUUGCAUAUGAAGGGCAGGCAUGAACUUUCGCCCGUUUUGGUUGGACCAAUUGCGGCUCUAAGCAUUCCCCAGAUGUCUCCGGAGCAUCUGAAGGCUGCGCUGACGGUUCUUGCUCCCAAGGCAGCUGGCUUCCCUGCUCCCACUCGCAAGGGAAAUCCAGGAUGGCACGAGUUACCCGUUCAGAACGGUCUGAAUAAGUUGGCUCUUCUUGCCGCGCGUGUGGACGGCAAGGUGUUCGACGUCGACCAGACCAAGUGGGUUAGCAGCAUCGAAGGUGGCAUGGAUGGUUUGCGGUCACAGCUCGUUAUGGCCUUGCAGAGCAUGGGAUCCAGCGUUGCCAACACCCUGGAGGGCGCUGGUAAGAGCUUGUACUUCACCCUCGAGAGCAGGAGGAGCGUCCUGGAGGAUGAGGAGAAGGGCCCGAGUGACGACAAGACUGAAGCUUAGGUGUAACGUGACCAGCUUGGUUUCUAUGUAUAAUACUACCUACAUUUUGUACUUUUUUCCUUGUUCAAUUAUCUAAGACCAUGGGUUGUUUUUAGCACAUGAAAGUUGACUUAAACAUGAACCAAAAUAGAAAAUGCGACAUUCUUUUCUAUAAAUGUGCACUAGCUUUGUGCUUAUAGUCUUGGUCUCGACGUAUUCAAUUGGUUAGCUUUCGAGGUGCUGAAUUA